UAACUCUGUUUUGCAAAAGUGUGGAAGCACAUUGAUACUUUUUGUUUCCUGUUACUUUAGUUAAAUACUUUAAUGUUAUGCAUCUUUAUUUUCGGUGAUCUAUUUAGAUACAGCUUAGUGGAAAAUAACAUGUUAACUGCAAUGAACCUGAGCUUUUGACACUUGUUGUGUCAUUGGGCAAGAGAAGAGUUUGUAAAAUAGAAAUAAGGUUUAUUUUGAUUUUGGCGCGUUUAUUAAAGUGGCAUAAACCAUGUCUAAUCAGGAUACACUGGUCGAGUUUAACAGUGUUUUGGAAGAAUGGAAGAGUAAUCACAGUACCGGUGCAGAUCCAAUUCCAACAUUAAAAAGACUGGCUGAACUGAUUGAACAUGAGACAGAAGCUUAUUUUAAGAUGGAUCCAGAUCCAUUUGAUGAUCGACACCCAGGGAGAGCAAACCCAACAUGUACUCUGGGACAUUUGAUGAAAUCCUUGUUUAAAAAUGAAGAGUUCAUGAAUCAGCUGGUUGGGACAUAUUUGAUGUCAGGUAGAGAUAAAAAGGAACUGCACACACUGUCCUGUCGACUCCUGCUCGAUGUCAUGCCAGGGCUUGAAACAUCCGUUGUCUUUCAGGAGAAUGAAGGUGUGGUGGAACAGCUGUUUGAGUGGGCAGAGAAUGCCGAGAACCCUCUCAGCUCGUAUGCCACGGGUUUGUUAGCCGGGGCAAUGGACCUGCAAGACAUUGCUUCAAACUUCAAAGAACAGAACUCCAUACUGGUUCCCCUGAUGUUGCAGCGCCUGCACGCUCUACAGAAGCAGCAGAUGGAGGAAUCAUUGAGCUCGUCGAGUAGAGACGGCGACGACAACAAGCGCUACUUCUCGAUGUUCGGCAAGGACUCGAAGUCGCCGGCCGCCACUACAGCGCCCAGUCCACUGACGCUGAAGAGUAACGGCGAGCAGGAGGCCAGGCAGGAUGAACACAAGAAGAUCCUCAAGCGAGUGCUGUCUCCCAGCCACUACAGCGACGACGUCUUCAACCUCAAACCCAAGAGGAUCAAGUACAGCCCUGGAGAAAAAUGUGUGAUUUCUGAGGCUGACCAGAGUAACAGUAGCUGGGCUGAGAUGCAGCCGUAUGUAAUUGGAUCGUACUCCAUGGAACCACUGACCACCUCCAUGAAACAGCGCAUGAUUCUACAGUAUCUCACACCAAUGGGCGAAUACCAGGAGUUGCUGGGUACGACUUUUGAACACAGUGCCCUUGACCUUAUCUUUUUCUACAUUAACCUGAAGGAAAACCGAGAUGUUAGACUGGCUUUUGAGGCUCUUAAGUACCUGGCCACUCUGCUCUGUCACAAGAAGUUUGCCAUCGAGUUCCUGUCUGUGUCUGGCGUCCAGCGUCUUCUUGAAGUUCCACGUCCAUCAAUGGCUGCCACUGGGGUCUCUCUUUGUGUCUACUAUCUUUCCUACUUCGAGGACGCAAUGGAGAGGGUUUGCCUGUUGCCAGACAAUGUUUUAUCAGAUUUAGUUGGAUACGUCAUGUGGCUGAUGGAAUGCUCUCAUGACUCCAGUCGUUGUCACGCCGCCAUGUUUUUCAGCCAAGUGUUCCCAUUCAAGGUUAUGUUGGAUCUGUUUGACCAGAAAGAUGGCCUGAGACGGUUAUUUAAUGUGAUCAGCACUCUGAGCAUCCUGAACGUGGACGAGCGCUCGUCGAUGCUGACUGAGGAUCAGGUGUUCACAAUGCAGCAGGCCGCCCGACACGUCUGCGGCGCUCUCAAGAAAUACUUUGAGGCACACCAGGCACUGAAAGCCGACGAGAUACGACGGUCGCACAUGAGGAGUGACGGUGCAGUGUCACCUGUUCAGGAAACGCCAGCUUACAAACCCAUGAAGCUGACGCCUGAAGUGAUUCAAGACAACACAGAGGUUUUGAUGGAACUCUUGCCUCUACGCAGUAACUGGGUGCCCGAGGAAACAUUCCACAAUCUUGGGGGAAUCCAGCUGUUAACACAGCUUGUCGCCAUGGCACCAGAGUGGAGCAAUUACCCUGGAAAACCCGAGACAAUCAAGAAUGCGCUGGAUGCGAUCGCAGUUUGCAUGGUGACACCGAGGUCCCAGUCAAUCCUGUUAGAGUCUGUCUGUUUGCCUGAUGACAUCACUACACCGGCAAUCAGUGUUAUUAUUGGAUUAGCAGAGGGUGAAAUUUUGGCUGAUGCCGAAGUUCAGAAAUCUGCAUUGACCGUACUGGUGAACUGUGUGUGUGGACCCAUAGAAAGGGUUGGUGGAGGGGUCAGCAGAAUUGUAGGGUCUGGACCGAAAAAGAAACUUAAUUGGAAACAAGGAGAAGACAUUUUGAGCCGUGUCUGGAAUGGAAUUCGCACAAAUAAUGGCAUUAUGGUUCUGUUGAAACUUCUCUCCACUAAAACACCCAUUACAGAUGCUGACAUAAUAAGAGGCCUUGCUUGUAGGGCACUUGUUGGUUUGUCCCGAUCGGAAUCUGUGCGUCAGAUUAUUAACAAACUACCUCUGUUCAACAAUGGACAGUUGCAGUCACUGAUGAAGGAGCCAGUGUUGCAGGAUAAACGCCAGGAGCACAUCCGGUUCUGCAAGUACGCGAGCGAUCUACUGGAGCGUGUGUCUGGCAAACAACCAAGCUCCGUCGGUGACGCGUCUCUCGAAGAAAUACGACGGGCUGAUAUCGUCGCACAGACGAAGAUCAUCUUUCAGGAGCGAGAGUUGCUGCAGCUGAUGUACGAUCACCUGCUUGUUAAAGGGUUCACGGAGUCGGCGUUUGCUUUACAGCGUGAGGCUGGCCUGCCGAGAUGUGUGACCCCACCACCACUGCAUCCCUCUAGUCCUCACCUCUAUUCAUCGCCAUCAACAUCACGCCUAUCCAGGCAGAUGAGUCAGCCAUCGACAAGCCACACCACAGCCUCUGUAGCGGGGAGCUCUAGUCACACAAAUCACGCGAGGGACGUACCCACCACACCCGGGCCCAUCAGACUGACCGUCAACAAACACCAGCCAUCGCCACCACAAGUAACAUUCCAGCAGAAAGUUCAACUUAGUAAACUGAAAUACCUCCGAGAGAAAGAAAACUCCACCCAAAGUCCGAGUGUCAAGUUAAAAUCGGUGGGCAAGCCGUCGGUCGAUUACGACAUCUCGCUCGACAAGAUCGUCACGGAAUACCUUCGCAAGCAACACGCCCUGUGUCGCAACCCCGUGGUCACGUGUCCACCCAUGUCUUUGUUCUUACCUCAUCGAUGUCCAGAGCCAAAAGGCUGGAGCAGUGCUCCUGUGUGUAUAACGUCUCGCCUCAUGAGGAGAUCGGUUUUCCCUCCAUAUGGUGGACUAGAUGGCACAAGAUCAAACAGAAAAUUUAUUUAUACCAAAUUCCGUCCAGUCAGAACGUACCAUGAUGGGGAGGACGAUGGGUUCGCGUGCUGUUCUUUCAUGUCAAGUGAGAACCAACUCAUGUUAGGAACAUUCUCAGGCGAACUCAAAAUGUUCAGUCUAUCCACAGGGGAGGAAACUGCAAGUUUCUCCUGUCAUUCAUCACCAAUAAUUCAGUUGGAACCUUCUAGAGAUGACAAAAUGAUCUUGACAUCGACAUGGGGGACAAGGCAGGAUUGUUCACUGUGGCGUUACGAGAGAACCGUAGAGAAUGUUUUCACAUUUGAUGAUCACUAUUCAGAAUUCAGCAAAUCUACACAAGACAAAAUCAUUGGCACCAGGGAUGAAGUUGCUCAUAUCUAUGAUGUGGCAUGUGCUGAGCCGCUACAGACACUGCACGAUGCCGACAAGGCCAACAACUACAAGGCGAACAUCGCGACGUUCAACCCGACCGACGAACUGGUGUUGAACGACGGCGUCCUGUGGGACGUGCGCGCCCCGCGGGCCCUUCACAAGUUCGACAAGUUCAACUCCUACAUCAGCGGCGUCUUCCACCCCAUGGGGCUCGAGAUCAUCAUCAACUCUGAAGUCUGGGAUAUUCGGACAUUUCAUCUUCUCCAUACAGUUCCUGCUUUAGACCAGUGUCAGAUCAAGUUCAACCACACAGGGGACGUCAUAUAUGCCACGCGGUUUGACGACAACGAGAAUCUAGAAGACCGAUACCGGUCACAGUAUGGGUCGACUCUGAGAACGUUCGACGCCACGGACUACAGCAGUAUAGGUACCAUGGAUCUGAAAACGAAGAGCAUAUUUGACCUGUGUACGGACAAGUCUGACUGUUUUCUAGCUGUGGUUGAAAAUCAGCAGUUCUCGGAGACGGGUGCGGAAGAGAGCGUGUGUCGUCUCUACGAGGUGGGCAAGCUGCGGGACGCGGAGGAUGAUCAGGAGGAGGAGGAGGAGGAAGAGGAAGAGGUAGGUGGCGAUGAAGAUGAUGACGAUGAUGAUGAGGACGACGAUGAUGACAUCAGCAACAUUGUAGAGUCGCUGGGAGACGGAGAAUCGAGUGACGACAAUCAAGACGAGGGUGACGAGGGCGGUGAUAACGCUGUGUUUGAAGCAGAGGAGUUCAGUCCGUCGUCGGAUGACCUUGCGGAUGAUGACGACGAUGACCUCGAUGAUGACCUCUUGUUUGAUCUGGUGUAGGACGCGCACUGCCAGUGACGUCCUUGUUAGUGUUGAUGUUGUUGGCAACAGUCAACUAACGUCACUAGUCCACGGGGGUUUAUCAUGUUAACUUGGGAGUCUGAUCUGGUCUGUCGUCUUGAUGAAGGCUUUUUGUCGGAAAUUGGUUUACAGUGCUUUCAGUGUUAAUAUUAACACCUGGAGUAAACCGCAAUGUUUUUUUUUUAAUAUAGUUCAAUCUUUAAACUUCAAGGGUCGAGUCUGCUGUUUGGGAUGAAGUUCAUGUAAAUCUGUUUUUGGACUGUCAUCUAGAUGAUGAUGAUGAUGAUAACCUGUUGACCAGUCCUCUUGUUUCAUUGUUAAUUUUGUCACCUGGACAAGAUUGCAGACUUUUGGAGUUGAAUAGUCCAGUGAGAUUUCACGUGAGAACUUAAUGAAUGUUCACUAGGAUGUCAUUUACAUGAUGACCUGUUGUCCGAGCUGGUGGGGAUAAUCUUGUCAGCAUCACAUUAUUUAGUCUUAAACAGCAAACGUCUGGGAUGGGCUACACACUGCAGUCGUCUGUGAAUUCUGUAGUGUGAACUUGGAGCACUUUUUGUUUCACACGUUCAUCUAGAUGGUGAUGACGUGCUAAUUGAGCUUGUUUGGAAAGUACUUCGAAGAGAGCUGCUGGUUAGUUAGUGUUAAAAUUAUCAAUCAGUGUAAACUAACAUUGUCCGAUCUUAAGAGUCCACUUGUUUCAGCCUGUCUACUUCGUGAACCAUGUUUGAGUUGUGAUAUAUUUUCUUGUUGGUCAAAAAACAACAAUAACAUAUAUAGCAGAUUAUGUAUUCUUAACAGCAUUAUUAAACUAGAUAACAGCAAAGGUUUCCCUUUCUUUUUUUUCUUUCUUUUGUUUGGGGGUGUAGGGUGUUUUGUUUGUUUUCACCUCUGCUCUAGUUGUGGUCAAGAAAAACAUGAAUACUUACUGUGUACAGUUAAUAAAGGUACCAAACUACAUGUAUUUUCAUUACGUCAGGUUAAUGUAACUGCCAUUUGCCAAAAGUGACUAUGUUAUUCUUUGAAAAGAUAACAUUACAAAAGGAAGCUUUAAUUACUUUUGGUUCAUGUAAAUGUGUUAAUUUUCACUUGUAUUUGGUUAAGUUGCACUAGGUUUUUUAAAGAAGAAACAAACCAACAUUUUUUUUAUUUCCUGUCACAUCAAAAUAAAAGGCUUGUUUAGUUCCACACUGCAUUUGUACUUGAAAUAAUUUGCACUUUAUAAAUGAUUUAAAAGCAAAACUUUUCUGUGUCGUAGAAUAAUCUUUCAUGUUGCAUUUUUUGUAUUUAAAAAAUUUGAAAGAAUUUAGCAUAAUUUCAUUCAUUUAUUUAUUUUUAAUAUAUUUUUUCUUUUAUGUAUGCUUUUACCUUGUGUUUUUGAAAAGUUCUGACAGAAAUUGAUUGUGUAAAGUUGUAAAUAGAAAUUAUUACAGAUAUGUGAACAUGUGUGCUUUUUUGUCCUCGACCGGUCCAACCCGAGGAGACUGUGUUUCAUCGCCAUCUUGUUGUCUGUCUGUCCAUCUGUCCUACAUACAGUUUCUGGACUUUUUUCUCACAAUACCUCAAGAUUUUACAAAUCAAAUUUGACUUUUAUGGCAAUUUACCUAUUUGUUUUCAUAGAGUUAUAUCACUUGAACUUAGGAAAUGCCAAAAUUUGUUGGGCUCAUUAGGCCCUGGGGACAUAUAUAGGGAAUAACUGGUUACUGUCUUAAGAUAUCGGCUUUAUCCUGCGAAGGUUAGAUUGAAGAAUGCAGCAAGGCUCGGCCAAGCUUCAUUCGCCAUUCGACCCGAGCAGGAUAAAGCCUAUAUCUUAAGACAGUAACUAGUUAUUUCUUUUAUCCUGCAAUCUUACAGGAAUAUUUGCAAAAUCAUUAUUUAUUCCAGUUUUGUGUAGGCAAAUAGAGUAUUUUCAACCUAGCAAGGCCUUUUUCCGUAUGACAUCAUUAUUUGUAAGACGCUAGCUACAUUCUGUCACAUUAAAAAAGUGUUUCUAAAUUCUAAUUCAUAAAUAAAUACACAAGUUUUGUAUUAUUAUCGCAAAACUGAAAGUUAUUUGUAUUUAUUGUACUUCAACAAAUGAUUUAAAGAAAACUACUGUGAAAUACUCGAGUCAAGUCGGGCUUAAGUCACGUGACCUAUAUUUUUGGUCAGUGACCGAAAAUAUAGAUAUUUAUCUAGUCAUCAUAUCUUUCCAAUGUAUACAGUGAUUGCGGGAUACAUUGUUUUAACAAUAAUCUCUGAACGCUUGUUUAGUUUUGAAACAAGUUUCAUUCUGUUUAUUUCAAGAGUGAGCUUAAGGUGAAUAAUAUCUUUCUUAACAAGUUUACAUAAUAUCAUACAGCACACAUUCAGCUGUGAUUAUCUAUUGGCACAAAACGUUACAAUAUUUGCAGUACAUGAUAUCUGUUACAUCCAGCCACGAUAAUGUCGUGUAGAGAUGAGAUGUUACAGCUAGGUACAAGAUUUUAAUACUGUGUGUGAAAUAUAGAGAAUAUUGCAUGAAUGGUCAUUAGAUACCUUUAUCUUACAAGGUUUUUGGUGGAUAGUUUCGCUUUGAUAUCAAGGUGGAGCAGUCAAUUUGUGUUUAAAGCAAUCUUCAACAUCAUAGUUUGGAUAAUGCCAAAAUAUUUAUGAUCCCAUUUAAGUUGAACCAACACCUAUUUUACCUUCUUAUAUUGAUCACACUCUUGGGAAGUGCUGCAGGGUAUAUCGGGAUUAACCGCAAAGGGUAACAUUAGUACUUUACAUUUGUUUUCAUGAAUUGAUAUUCAUAAGAAAUAUAUGUUGAACAUAAAAAAACAUGGUCAACAAUGCGAUGUAUGUGUUAUCAUCCAGGGACCUAAUUCACAAAACUCUCACAACUGAUCUUGUAGCGCAACACAAACAGACUUGCAAUGAUGAUGCACUGUAGCUUAAGAGAGCACCAUGAAUUAGGUCCCAAGUAUCUUAUAGUAGUCAAAAUGCAUCGUAUGGGAAACAAAACAGGUACAUACUUAACAAACUAAUGUUACUAAGGUAAGUGACUUAAAAUGGAUUUUAAUAUUUACCGGGUAAUACCCUUGUUUUGUUUUUUUUGGCUUUUCUUCUUUCUUUCUUUUUUUUUUCUUUUUUUUUUUUUGUUUAGGGAGGGGGUAAAGUAAAAUAAUCGACAGAAGUGCACUAAUUGUUCAUAUUUAUAAAAUGUAGUCAUUUAGAAAUUUAAAUAAAACAACAUCUUUAAUUUUAAAAAAAAAGAUGGGCACAUAAUUUAUUCCCCAAUUCCCUAAUUCAUUGUUUUAGAAGAAAAAAAGUACACUAAUUUCUGAUGAAAACAAAAUUGCGCAUGUGGAUUUCACCCUUUGUUUUGUGGUGUCUUGUGACCGUGAGUCAUUUAAAUGUAUGUGGAACAAAGGUAACUCAUUUAAUAAUGGGGGGAAGGGGGGGGGGGGGGUAUUCAUAUAAUUGUUUGUGUGUAGUACAGUUUACUGUAUGUACCCUCUUAUUUCUGUCCAAGUGCGUCAAACUAGCACUGGGGGAUGAAUGUGUAUACUGUAGGACUAGUUUUUAUGAUUCAAAACCGAUUAUUUAGAUUGUUACCUUUUGGUUGUUCACAUGUCAGUGAUGUAUGUUUAAGUUUAACUAGGUAUUAUUUAGGACACAUAAACAUUUCGUCUUCACCACAUAGUAAGCCUUUAUUGGAUGUUUACAGAUGUGUCAUUCAGUCAGUAUGAGCCGUUUGAGAAAUGAUCAUGGCAGAUUAUAUUUUUCUCCAAACCCACAUCACACAUAGGGCAUAGCCAACAAAUUUGUACUUGUAUAUCCUGAUCAUCCAAACAAUCCACUUUAGCAUGUUGCAAACAUAUGCAGUAAGGAAAUACUGUUUAAUGUAUUCUAUAUAACAAAAUAACAGUCACAUUAUAUAACUCUGCAUCACAUUUACUUCUAUGUUCCUCAAAAUAAGGGUUUUUGUUUUUUAAAAGAAGCAAAAAUGGUCUCAAUUCAUUUUGUCAAAACAAACUGAAGCAAUUUUUGUUGGGAGUCCACAUUUAUUCCAAUAAAUUCAUGAAGAAACAUGGUUGACCUUGUAUGUAGAAUAUUUGGCUAUGCUCUAAGAUCGAGAAGUGUAACAAUACUCCCAUCAGUGCAAUAAAGGUAUCAUUGUGCUAGAAAGUGACUUGCAUAUAUCGUACACUUGUUCCUUGCAGCAUUACCACAGAACCUUGCAUGCCAGCAAAGUGUUGUUACUUGUCCUACAUUAGGCCUAUAUAAAACAUUGAAUUAAAUGUCAUUCCUACAGACUUUCAACCUACAACGAUUCUCACUGCUUCCAUAUACUGACGUGAUCAUUUCUGAAAUCUCUGUAAAUAACUAAACUAACAUGUUGGUACAUCUACCAGUGAUGUACCUCCGAGACUUAAAUGUAUAUCUAGAGUUUGUGUGUGUGUGUAGAAUUCACUGUACCUGUAGUUGACGAUCCAGUUAUUUGUAUGUCAAAAACAAUUGUGCAAUCUCUUUCGUUUGCUACAUGGGGCAUCUAUUUGUAAAAGGGACAUUGUAAUUUAUAUUUGUAAAUAAAACUAAAAUAUUUGGUGCUACUAAAA